AUGCUUGUGGGGGAGCAGUCGCCGGCGCCGCGGGUGGUGGCCGGUUUGCGAAAAUUACGCCCUGAAUUGACACCCGGACCAGUUCCGACGCCUGCUGAUCCUAAUCUAAGGAUAUCAGGUGUCCUCAGACAGUAUUACAAUGACGAUGACGUGUCGUGGGCGUGGGUACGCUGCGCAGUCCGCAGCGGGUGCCUGCUGGCGUGGCGCGACGGGACGAUACCGAGGCGUCCAGCAGCCAGGCUCCCGCUUAGACACCUGCACUUGCGAUGUGCUGCAAAUCUGCCGAACGCAUUCCAACUUUCCAGACUACGGGACGACGCCACUGUUGCCACUUUCCAGGCCUGCAAUGCGACGGAAUACGCCCGUUGGGUGCGAGCGUUGUGCGUCGAAAUACUUGGACAGACGCCUCUGCCGCAGGUCAGGUUCUUAGACGUUUUACCAGCGGCCGACACGAAUCAAUCUAACCGGAAACCAAAGACAGUCCAGCAGGAAACGCCAGCGUGUCCCCCCAGACCGCCUCCGAGAGCGCGCAGAAGGUUAAUAACCAUGUCGGAAACUCAGUUACCCGGAAGAGAUCAUUCCCCUGCCGCAACGGACGAGGGCAUCGUCGUAGAAGACGACGAUUACGACUCGUCGUCCGAUCGGAGCCUCGACUUAUCUCUAUCCCUGGACGCACUAAAGACCAUCGAUGUCGUCGACGCACCGUUACGCAAGUCAGAAAUCAAAUGUGAUAACUGCAGUAAAUUAAAUACAAGUCCUACACAGCAUCACACGCUACCUAGGGCGCGGUCGAGUGAAGUGGAACUGGGGCGGCAUCGAUAUUUGAAGCGCUGGGAGGGGACGACCGGUGGAGCGGAGAGAGGGAGGUUUGCCAUGGAAAUGGCGAGGCGGAAAACGGCGUCCCUGGAGAACCGCGCCAGAUCGUGUUCCCCGAAUUCCCACGAGGUAACGUCUAAGUACGUGCCGGUGCGAGAGAGGAGAGCGCUGUUCGAAUCGUUGUCACAAAGCGGGGGUAGUUUGGCGCGAAGUAGUGAACAGCUGUCCCGUCCGGUGGCUGUAACGGAGACCCCCAGACGGGCCGCCUCGCUCCACGAUCUGCAGGCGCCCCCGUCCAGGUCAGUGAGUGACCUUAGGCAGUUCUUCGAAGCGGUGGCGCGCGGCGCGGGUUGCUCCGGUGUUCAACGGUUCAGCGCCCCGACGAAUCCCGUGCCGCGCGCCUUCGUAUCGCUCUCGUGCGCCUGA